CACUGUACGUACACCUUCACUCCACACUUCUAUAUCUUCCUUCUCUGUUCCCUCUGUACUUCACUCUCUCUCUCUCUCUCUCUCUCUCUCUCUCUCUCCCAACAACAUGGUGCGUUCAAAGAAGUUCAGAGGCGUUAGGCAGCGUCAUUGGGGCUCCUGGGUCUCCGAAAUACGCCACCCUUUGCUGAAGAGAAGGAUAUGGCUAGGCACAUUUGAGACAGCCGAAGAGGCAGCUCGAGCGUACGACCAAGCCGCCAUUUUGAUGAGCGGCCGCAACGCCAAAACCAACUUCCCGAUAACUCAAAUAUCGGCUGGGGAGCCGAUGAGGAGCGAGGAUCCGCCGCCGUCGCCGCCAAAGGAUUUGUCAGAAAUCCUGCAUGCAAAGCUUCGGAAAUGUAGCAAGGCCACAUCGCCGUCCAUGACUUGUCUUAGGCUCGACACCGAGAGCUCUCAUAUCGGCGUGUGGCAGAAACGUGCCGGUCAACGCUCUGACUCGAAUUGGAUCAUGACCAUUCAGCUGGGGAAUAAGAAUGCCGCCGUGGACGGUGCUGAUCAAAACAGUUCGUUGCCUUUGUCUUCCGACUCCCGGCCCGCGUUUACCGGGCUGGAACUCCGAGCAGAGAUGGAUGAAGAGGAGAGAAUCGCCCUGCAAAUGAUAGAAGAGCUUCUCAACGGGAAUUGUCCUAGCCCUUCAGGAGAGGAAAACUUUUACCUCUAACCUCAUUAUCUCAUGCUAUAUUUAUUCAUAUAAUUAAAGUUGUAUGCGUAUAGAAAAGUAUGUAAGAAAUUUCAU